CUAGGGUCAGUUAAAUUAUUGGCUCCGAUAAGGCGAUUCUCUGUAGACAUAGCAGCUUGUGGGUUAGAGUUCCAAAGUUCCAAGAGCUCUAUCCAAGGAUCUGGAGUCUAAAGUUGCUGCGCCUAGAUCCCAAAACGAGAGAUAGGCCAAGCUCAAUGGAGAAGUUGCAGGUGCUCCUAAGGCAUCCUAUCUUCUGCAACCUGCUCUUGCUGCUAGUUUAUGUUCAAGCAUGUUCAAACCUUGCGAUGGCUGGUUCCAUAGUUAAGUUUCUUCCAGGAUUUGAAGGACCCCUCCCCUUUGAACUCGAAACCGGGUACAUUGGAGUUGGUGAAUCAGAGGAUGUGCAGCUCUUCUACGCUUUUAUCAAAUCAGAGUCAAAUCCUCAAUCGGAUCCUCUUAUCAUUUGGUUAGAUGGAGGACCUGGCUGCAGUUCAUUUAUUGCAUUUCUCUUUGGGAUAGGACCAGUAAUUUUGGAGCCAUUGUCGUUCGACGGCACUCUGCCCAAAUUGGUAUUAAAUCCCUCUACUUGGACCAAGGUUGUAAGCAUCAUCUUUCUGGAUUCGCCAGUUGGAACGGGUUUUUCUUAUGCUAAGACUGCAAAAGCUUCUCAAUCUUCAGAUUUUCAAGCCUCUGAUCAAGCUUAUGAAUUUAUCAGGAAGUGGCUACAUGAUCACCCAGAGUACAAGUCGAAUCCAUUCUAUGUUAGUGGAAUCUCGUAUGGGGGAAUUCCUGUUCCAAUAUUAACUCAACUUAUAUCAAAUGGAAACAAGGACGGAAUUGAACCACGUAUUGACCUUAAGGGAUACAUACUUGGAAAUCCUUGGUCGAAAGCUUCAGGAAUUCAGAACUAUAGGGUUCCGUUUGCUUAUGAUAUGGGGCUGAUUUCUGAUGAACUCUAUGAGUCCUUGAAGGUUAGCUGUAAAGGGGAAUAUAAAAUCAUAGAUCCCAGUAAUGCAGUGUGUUCGAAAAAUAUGCAGGCAUACAAUGAGUUGCUUUGUAAUAUUGACAAACAAAAUAUCUUGAUUCCCGUAUGUCAUCCCCUUUCACGAGAGCCAAAUAAAUUAUUUACUGGUGGGAGAUCCAUUAUACAAAUGUCGUAUGAGAAGUUUGGAGAGCUAGACGUUCGGGAAUCGACUCCAGUCAUAUGUCGAACGGAACGGAUUAUGCUCCUUCAGCACUGGGCUAACAACAAGAGCGUCCAAGAGGCCCUCCAUGUGCGAAGGGAAACUAUCGGAGAGUGGGUAAGCUGCAGGGAUGCCUUGCCAUACACAAAAAAUGCAGCGAGUGUUGUACCAUAUCAUGCAAACCUUAGCACUAAAGGUUAUAGAUCCCUUAUAUACAGUGGUGACCAUGAUCUGAUGGUACCGCACAUUGAAACUCAAGCGUGGAUAAGAUCUCUACAUUACCCAAUUAUUGACGAUUGGAGACAGUGGAUUCAUCAAGGCCAAGUUGCAGGUUACACAAGGACCUACGCAAAUGAGAUGACAUUUGCAACAGUGAAGGCAAGAAAUUCCUGUUUCUAUUGCUUCAGUGCAAGAUUUGUUCACAUGGUAACGACUAACAACAAGGUCAGAACAUUCUUGGGACUAACUAGCACCCCUUUUUUCUUUUUCUUCUUUUUGGGUGAAGGGAGGAGGCCAUGCUGCUUAUGAGUUCAAGCCUGCCGAAUGCAGAACUAUGUUUGAGAGAUGGAUAUCGCAUCAGCCUCUCUAAUCAGUUGGCAUAUGGAUAUGAACAUCUUUGAUGACUUCUGAGCAUCAAAUGUUCCACUCUUAAAUAUAAAUUACUGUAACUUUGGGUCAUGAGACGCUUCUACUCCGAGUCUCCAAGGGGUUGCCUUCUUAUUGAGAUAUGAUUAGUAGAAAAGUGAAUAAAAUGUAGUAGUUAAAAUGGGAAUCA